AUGUUUUCGCUGUGGAAUUCGACGUGUACGUCAACUCUGACUGGGAUCCUACCUUUCGCCACAUUGGGAUCAACAUCGGAUCGAAGACUUCAAGCAAUGUUACAAAGUUUGAGGGUACGAUCGGGCAGCGGGUCUGCCCGAAUAAACUACGAGGCAGAGACUAAAGUGAUUUCUGUUCAUGCCACGUCAGCAGAAGGGAAGUUUGAGGUGAGCUUCGUCUACGACUUGGGCGCUUUGCUGCCUGAACAGGUUCAAGUUGGGCUUGCCGGCUCUACCGGCCUGUAUGUGGCCGUGCACGACGUCGUAUCCUGGUAUUUCAGCUCCACCCUCGUGCAUGAUCACAUGAACGAGUUUGAGGGCGCCAAAACCAUCCACCUCUAA